GAGUAUCAGCUCAGCAGUGACACUGAGAAGGAGACCGGGGGAGCCAGAAGGGGAAAACAGGGUGGAUGAAAGGAAGAGGAGCAGAGAGAGAAGGGGAAACAACACGUUUUUACACAUAACAUUGGAAACUUCAGGACAGGUGAGCCAAAUAAAAUCAGUUCUGGAACACGCUUUCUGUUUCCAUUGUUUUCUAACCAUUGCCCUGCUUUUCUAUUUUCCCCAGAAAUGGCAAACACGGCAGCAGUCGUCUUGGUUUUACUCCUGUUUCUGAGUGCCAGUGUGCCAUGUCUCUCUGUUUAUAGCAGUGGGGAAUGCUUUUUCAAUGCUAAAGGGAGCUGUGAACAUAUGGGGCAGGUGUACGGGAUGGGAGAGAGCUGGAUCAACAGUGACUGUUACCAGUGUGUCUGCAUGGAGCCUUUCGGAGUAGGAUGCUGCGACCUAGGAUCCAAACCUGUUGACUAUCCGGACUGGUGCGAGAUCAUCCGUAAACCUGACUCGUGCACCAGCGUCGCAGUCAUGAGAGUCAAUCAUAAGCUGCCCUGUCUCUGGGGGCAAGGCCGCCUGAGAACGGCUGCGAGCCAACCAUGGAAAACUGACAACGAUCCUUUAUUUUGAGCUCAGUCAUUCAUACAAGAGGACAGCAAUAGACCAACUGUGAUGGUGACUACCAAUCCAACAAAUAAAAGCCCAGAGUUUUUCUACAUCUGCAGGUUUGUCAGUGGAAAAG